ACUAUGUUCUCCCACUGAAAACGGUAAUAACUAACAACAAUCUAAUGUCACCAGUAAAAAGACAAAUGUAAAUGAACCUAGACACUUCAGAACCUAGAAAAACUUAGAUGUAAUAGUUUCAAUUCAUUUAUCAAGAAAAAAAGAUAAACGGGUCCACCAAAACGGAUCUAAAUUCUUAUAAAUCAUAAGUUGAUAUUUAUAUAUGAACAGAAUAUUUAUGCGACAGCUUAUAAAAUAAUACAAGGUGCAUACAUAUAUCAUUUUGUAUAAAAUACUAAAUUUCCAGUGGUUUCCAUCUAACAAACAUGACGCAACAUAAGAAGCUACAAUGCGGUUUCUUGUUGUUACAUAGGACUAUGUCGCUUUCAUCACAUAUGAAGAACCCCCAUAUAGAAAGAAGACAAACAUGAACACUUCAAUAAAAAUUACCAAUUUGCCCAUCGGUUCCAUUUUCCCGCAAAAGUACGUAUUGGAAAAUAAAUCUAAUGUCUUACGUCAUAAAUACAUAACUUCAUUAUACAACGGAUAUACUUAUCUAACCAUUUUUACUUUAUCAUGAGGGCAAAAGUCCUUGUAUUUUCUACAUAUAUAAACUAUGAUUCACAUCCAACAGGCGUCUCCUAAACGAUGCUUGUUGUUUACACAAAAAAGAAAGGAUGUCGUAAGCAUUGAAUCUUAGGAAUCCUUGUACCAAAAUAUAUAAGACAACCGUACGAUUUCUAUUGGAACAAAAUCCUUGUAAUCAUCACCUUAAACAGCAGCAUAGCUCAUAGUUGGCUGUUAAUUAACCGAAAAAAACAAGAAUCGAGAAAGCAUAAGUUUCACAAAAAUGGUACUUAAGAAACACAAUCUUUUCUUGUUCCCAACAAUGAAAAAACUCGUUUGCCCAUCGCCACGGAUACGAUAUACGAUUGGAAUGAACUCGAACUCAUCUGCUUCAUGUCCCUAUACAGACUCUCUAUAGGAUAUACUUUGUGUUUCAUGGUACAAAUUGAUCUGUCCCUUUUCUUGUUUAUGUUCCCUAAUGAUUCCAAUUUAGUUAAAAAAUUUAAGUUAAUUCAUCUAUUAAUAUGAUCUUCAGUCUAUCCGUUCAUAUAUAUACGUGCUUCAAGAGAGUGAGAGAGAGGUCAGGCUCCAACAUAUAUAGAGACAUGUAGCUGAUGUAGCUUGUGGGACUCUUAGCAUAUAUUUAGACUAGACGUGUGUUAAGUCCCAAAACUGUGAUUCUACCAUAAAACUUUCUUUUGCUAUAAAUUAUAUCGUGAAUGGCCCGGAAUAAUAGGUAUUUUAUUAGAUACUUGACUAAUAUUCAGUACAAGAUAAUUGACUAAUUACCAUAAACCUACCAAUUCCAUAUUUGUAGUUCAGAGAAAGUCGAAGAACAUCAUGUCCACAGGAGCACAAAAACUGAUGGUGAUACAUGAUGCAUCAAGAACUGAUGGUUUGAGUGCAAUCAUAUCAGCCUUCGAGAGCUUACCAGUUGGAUCAGGAGAUGAGCUCACUCUCCUUGGAGUUAUUCAUCAGCUUUCAAGUACUUUGAAAAUCAUGAGCAUAAGUGGAUCAAAUACCAAAUACAAGGACGAUGAACGGAUAAAGAAGGAGGAGUAUCAUAAAAGAGAGGAAGUGAUGCAACUGUCUACGAUUUGUGCAAGGAACAAGAUAAUGUUCCAGAUAGAUGUGCAAUAUGGAUCUUCUCCAAAGAUGAUUGCUGCCAUGGCAGCCAAAAGCUCAAGGGUGACAUGGGUAGUACUUGACAGGCAGAUGAAGAAAGACAGAAAGUUCUUCAUGGAGAAGCUUACAUGUGGAAUAUUGAGGAUGAAACGAGACAAUACAGUCGAAAAGCUCAGAGGACCAAUAACAAUGGAGGACAAGAAACUGCGGUCAUCAAAAAGGACUCCAAGCAAUGAGCAUGUUUCAUAUGGUGAAAUGAUACCCGUAAUGUCAAAGAGAGAACUCUCCCCAAAGAAAACUACAAAUGCUCAAAAGCCAGCAUUUAAACCAGAAGGUGGCGGCAGCAGUGGUGCACCACCAUGGGAUAAAUCACACUUCUCACCCUCCCCACCAUCCACCAACCAGAUAUCCCCAUCUCCAUCCAAGGCCUCCACCUCCAGCUUUGGGACUUCUGAAGUAUCCACCAUGAAUUCCAGUUGGACAAAUGAUGAUCAUGAAGAAGAAGAGUUUGAAUAUUCCGUUUGUUCAGUUUGCCAGAAUAAACGUCCAAGUACUCGGUUAAAGCAAUUAGACUUCAAUUACACCGAACUCUACCAUGCUACUGAUGGUUUCUCUUCAGACAACUUUCUAUCAGAAGGAGGAUUCGGUUCUGUGUAUGAAGGAGAGCUCAAUAUCCAUGGUGGAUUAAAAGUUGCUAUCAAACAACAUAAAGAUGUGAGUUUUCAAGGAGAGAAAGAGUUCAAGUCUGAAGUUAAUGUACUCAGCAUGGCUCGACACCCGAAUGUGGUCAUGUUGUUGGGAUCAUGCUCGGAAGGAACACACAGGCUGCUUGUUUAUGAGUUUGUCUGCUUUGGCUCACUUGACCAACACUUAUCAACAGCUGCAGAAAAUCCGAAUCUACUUACAUGGGACAAGAGAAUAAAGAUCGCUCUUGGAGCCGCAAGAGGUUUAGAUUAUCUUCAUAGAAUAAACAUCAUACAUCGAGACAUGAGGCCAAAUAACAUUCUCGUAACACAUGACUACGAAUCACUGCUAGGUGAUUUUGGUCUAGCAAGAACCGGUUGUGAUGAUACAGAUGAGACGAGUGUGGUUGGGACCCUUGGGUAUGUAGCACCGGAGUAUGCCGAAUGUGGGAAGGUGUCAAAAAAGACGGAUGUUUACUCGUUUGGUGUCGUUUUGUUACAGUUGAUCACAGGUUGUAAGACAAAAGAGAAGAAGUUUGAUGGGAAAACCCUAGUGGAAUGGGCAAGACCGCUUGUGGAGGAUCAGAAUUAUCCAGAUUUAAUUGAUGAGAGGAUUGUUGAUUCCCCGGAUGUCCAAGUCUUCCAGUUGUAUCUUAUGGUACGACUAGCAGAAGGUUGUCUCAAGAAAGAUCCUACCAAGAGACAUACAAUGGCAUAUGUGGUGAAGCAAUUAGAACGCAUUAUGGGAGGGAAUAAUACAAGCUCCAGAGACGCAAGGAAAUGAUAAAUGAAUCGGGAUGAAUGUAAAUGUAUAUGUGCUGCCAUAUAAACGUUUUAAUAACUAUUUUUAUAUAAAUC